AUGACCACUGCUGCAGCAGAGAAGUUGGACGGGGAGGGUCGGCUGACUCCCGCGGUGUCUGUGCAGCAGCUGCUGCAGCCGGUGGGGGGCGAGCGCGCAGCAGCAGCAGCAGCAGCAGCAGCAGCAGCAGCAGCAGCAGCAGCGGAGCUCACGGACCUCAAGAAGCCCAGCAUCACGGCCAGCGAAAGAGACCUGCGGCUGCUGCUGGCCAAAGAACUCCGCUAUCUCCUCAGCAGCAGCAGCAAAGAAGCAGCAGCAAAAGAGCUGCUGCCUUUUAAAAAAGCAGAAGCAGCAGCAAGACUGAAGCAAAUAUCUUUGCUGCUGCAGCGGCUGGCGCUGCUGGGGGCCCGCUACGAGCAGCAGCUGCUGCACAGCCUGCGCGGCAGCAGCAGCAGCAGCAGCAGCAGCAGCAAAGUCCGGAAAAUAACAAAGUUGUUUAUUACCAACAUUACAGAAGAAGCAAAAGAAUACUUAAUAGCUCCCGAUUUCUUUUCUCCGCAGCUGCAGCAGCUGCUGCUGCUCGUGCUGCAGCUGCAGCCGCAGCAGCUGCUGCUGCAGCGGCAGCAGCUGCAAGCAGCAGCAGAUGCUUACAUGCUGAAUCUGGCAAUGGACAAGAAGGCAGCAGCACGCAGCUUCUUCGCGCACGUGCAGCAGCUGCAGCAGCAGGACGUGCUGCAGCAGCAGCAGCAGCAGCAGCAGCUGCUGCUGUCCGACGCAGAAGCAGAACUUGUCCUCGAUAUUGUUGCGCUGCUCUGGGACUCUUAUUAUAACCACAGUGUGGAAAUAAUAGAAGCUUUAAAGUUUAGAGAAAAUGGAGUUUCGGGUCUCUCUUGGCUGCAGCAAGCCCCGCUGGCGAGGGUUUCGCUGCUGCUGCCCAGCUGCAGGCUGCUGCAUGCAAGCAGCAGCAAACCCCUCACUUUUGCUGCAGCAGGCAGCUUCGCAGUGAGUUUGGAGUUCAGGGACUUCUUCAGCAGCAAAGCAGCAGCAGCAGCAGUAGCAGCAGCAAACCCGCAGCAAACUGCAGCAGCAGCAGCAGCAGCAAACCAAAAACCGGAUCCUCUCUUUUCUCUUGUCAUCAAUCAACUCACUCCUCAAGACCUCAACAACCUCUUCAGCCUCGCAGACGAACCCGUCCAAGUCGAAUCCACACUGGAGCUGAUGCAGCUAACUCCUGUUGCUGCCAGUUCGCUGCGGCAGUCUUUUUCGCUUGAAGAGCAGCAGGCGCCUUCCCUUAAGCAACUCCUUGGAGUGCCUGCUGCUGCUGCUGCUGCUGCUGCUGCUGCUGCUGUGGAUAAGCGACUCUUUGAGGGAAUAUUUUUGGGGUCGCGUUUGGAGUUGAGGGCCCUUUUGAAUGUGGAGUUGUCUUUGCUGCUGCGGCGCAUGCAGCAGCAGCAGCUGGACCUGGCUGCUGCUGCUGCUGCUGCUGCUGCUGCUGCUGCGGGGGGCAGCGAGGCUGCUGCAGCAGCAGCAGCAGCAGCAGCAGCAGAGAUGCAGGGCGAGCUGGAGGCCUGGGCAGCAGCAGUGCAGCAGGAGAAAGCAGCAGCGCAGCAGCUGCUGCAGCAGCAACUGGAAGCAGCAGCAGCAGACCCGAACUUUGCUGUGGGGUCUUUUUUCUACAGCGAAGAAGCAGCAGCAGCAAUUCUGGAAAGCCCCGCGUACAGCAGCAGCAGCGCAGCAGCAGCAGCAGCAGCAAUGAGUGCAGCGCAGCAGCUGCGGCGGCCCGCGUGGGCCCUCCAACUGAACCCCCUGGCGCUGCAGCGCGCGCAGCUGCUGCUGCUGCAGCAGCCCCGUUUGCUGCUGACUCCGCAGCAAGCUUUGAAGCAAAAUGUUCUUCUUUUUUCCGGAAAACAAAUAAUUAAAAAAAGAAACUUUUUGGAAAAAGUUUCUCUCGUGCUGCAGCUGACGGCGCGCAUGCACAGCAGGUUCACUGACAACUUGGCUGCGCUGCUGCCCCACACUCUCCGCAGCAAGCUGCUGCAGGUCCUCAGCAGCAGCAGCAGCAGCAGCAGCAGCAGCAGCAGCAGCAGCAGCAGCAGCGGCGGCGUUGAAGCGGCGCUGAUCGAGGAGGUCUUCGACUCUCUGGGCUUCGUGUCUGCGUUCCGCGCUGCAGCAGCAGCAACAGCAGCAGCCGAGCAGCAGCAGCAGCAGCAGCAACAGCAGCAGCAGCAGCAGCAGCGGCAGCUGAUAAUGCUGCAGCUGCUCGACAAGAAAAACCGCUUGAUCUUGUUCAAGCCUGCUGCUGCUGCUGCUGCGGGCAGCAGCAGCAGCAAACGAAUUGCUGCUGUAGAGACGCCCUACUUCUUUGCUGCAGCAGCAGCAGCAGCAGCAAACGAUCUUGCUGCUGCUCUCAACAGCCGCAGCAAAAGCAGCUGCUGGCUGCGGCUGCUGCCGCUGCAGCUGUGGGAAGUGGGGCCCCUCAGCAUUCCGAGGAAGCCGACGGAAUUCGGGUUUGGCGGAUUUGGGUGGUUUUUGGCGGGCGCGGGAAACACCCCCGCGUUGGUGAACAGUUUGUUGACUUCGCUGUGCAACAUUUCGCCCUUCUUUAGGGGCGCGGGAAACACCCCCGCGUUGGUGAACAGUUUGUUGACUUCGCUGUGCAACAUUUCGCCCUUCCACAAGGGCCCGUGGUUUAUGGUUGAGGGCGAGACUUUGAGCGCGGACGAACGGGAGGCUUUGCUAAACCCUUUCGUGCACAAGUUCGGGGCCCCUGCUGCUGCCAACUUCCGGGGUUUGCAUUUAUUGAAAAUGAGAUCUUUUUUAUUUCUUUUUCAAAAAGAUUUAAAUGCAAUUAAAUGUCUAAACUCGCUGCUGCAGCAAACCCUCAACUCCCUCUCCGCCAGCUGCGCCGCGGACAUCGCCCGCGCCUUCAGCCGCUUCCUCAAGGAACCCGAACUAGACGAAGAAGGUGAAUUGGCUUUACAGCGAGCAGCAAAACGAGCCACAGCGCAACUACGCAGUGUUCAAAUAGUGGACGAAGUGAACCCUGCGCGGAUAGCUGCGGAGCUGCGUCGCGUGCAUGCGCUGGACUUCAAAUCUUUUUAUGACUUUUUAAUUCUUCCAAUGAAAGACUUUUCAUCUUCUGCUGCUGAAAAGGAGACUCUGGGGUGGUGUCUGUACACCCUGGCGCAGCAAAACGCCCGCAGCAGCAGCAUGUUCGCCCACGCACGCACUGCAGCAGCAGCAGCAGCAGCAGCAGCAGCAGCAGCAGCGCCUUCCCAGGUCCGCCGCUGCUUCAAAGAUGUCUGGGAAGCAGCUAUGACUUUCCACAAACCCCAAAUGGGGGCCCCCUGGGGGCCCCAAGAGGGGCCCCCCGAGGGGCCCCAAGAGGGGCCCCCAGAGGGGCCCCCAGAGGGCCCCCAGGAAGGCUUCGGCAGCGCCGUGGAGACCAGCAGCAGCAGCAGCAGCAGCAGCAGCAGCAGCAGCAGCAGCAGCAGCAGCAGGAGGGUGCUGAGCAGGUCGGAUGAAGUGUUUCGAGCUUCAGUGAUGAAAGACUCCUUUUUGCAUGUUUUGAUUUUGCAAAGAUUGGGAGUUUUGAUGGAGAAUUUAUUUAAUUUCCGAGAAGCUCUGGCGGUGCGGGAAGGCGCAGCAGCAGCAGCAGCAGCAGCAGCAGCAGCGCCCGCAGCAGCAGCAGCAGCAGCAGCAGCAGCAGCAGCGAAGGCGGCGCUCUUCCGGCGCAUGCAGGCGCUUUCCUUCAGCGACUUUGCGCAGCUGCUUCAGGUGUCUGUACACCUGCUGCCUCUCUCUCUGGCUUUUGUUGCUGCAGCAGCAAAAAGAGAUAUUAGGGUUUUCUACCUCAGCAGCAGCAGCAGCGGGGGGGCCCUCUUCCGCCUGGGGGCCCCCAGCAGCAGCAGCAAACUGUACCCUUUCAGCAGCAGCAGCAGCAGCAGCAGCUUCAUCUGCAAUCCCCGCUGCAGCCAACUCAGCGCUGCUGUUAAUCUCGAGGCCAGAGCCAAAAGAGACAUAAAAGCCCUCAUAAAGCUUCUGGAAGGAGGUGUAGAUACACUCCAAUUCAAAAAAACCCUCCGAGCAGCAGCAGACAAAAUGGCUCUCUGGCUGCUGCGGCCGCGAGUCAAGAAGGCCAAGCCCAAGCAGCGGGAAAAAGCUGCUGAGGGCCCGUGGACUUCAACUGAAAGAACAGUUUCUUUAAAAGAACUGUCUUUGCUUCCUGAGGAAAUAGUGUUGACGAAGUGGCGGCGGUUUGCAAUUUCUGUGGACUGCGAAACCCCAAAAAAGGGUUUGGACCGCAGCAGCAGCAGCAGCAGCAGCAGCAGCAGCAGCAGCAGCAGCAGCAGCAGGAGCUGCCUGGGGUUUGGGGGCCCCCCGCGGCUGCUGGCGGCGCUGGGGGGGGCCUCCGGAGCAGCUCAUUUGUUUCUUUUGGAUCAACUUUCUUUUUUUGGAGAAAUAGAAAACAACAAAAAGGCAGAAACGGACUGUUUGCUGCUGCUGCUGGACGAGCUGCUGACGUCUGCUGCUGCUGCAGUGCCUGCUGCAGCAGUUUUUGAAACUUUGAGUUCUGUCUUUUCUGUUUUUCCUUUUUCAAUUGUUCUUUGGAAUCAAUUAAAUAAUACUUUAAUUCAAUUUAAACAAACUCAAAACACUCUUUUGGACUCUGUCCCCAUUCAGCUCAUUGUUGCCCCCAGACAGCCCCCAGCAGCAGCAGCAGCAGCAGCAGCAGCAGCAGCAGCAGCGGGAACAGCAGCAGCAGCAGAGCCGGCUUCUUUUGCUGAAGAGGAAGACGAGGAGGAUAUUUUCCUCAGUGCGCAGGAGCCAGAGGAGGAGCAGCAGCAGCAGCAAGAACAGCAGCAGCAGCAGCAAGAACAGCAGCAGCAGCAGGAACUGCAGCAGGAACAGCAGCAGCAGCAGCAGCAGCAGCGGCAGCAGCAGCAGCAGCAGCGGCAGCUGCUGCAGCAGCAGCAGGACACGGAACUGUUUAUAGUCAGUCCUGGCUUUGACCUUUACCAGCGGCUUUUAGAAGCAAAAAGAGCAGCAGAAAACGAGCCACAGGCGCCCUUGAUGCCUUUGGGAGGGGCUUUCUUCACGCUGGAGCGUUUGCUGCUGCAGCAGCAAGAGCGUUUGUCUUUGCUGCCGGUGGGGCGUUCGAAGUUGUUUUUAUCUUUUUUGGAAUUAAAAGAAAUCCAAAAAGAAAUUAAAAACAAAAUUGAAUUUGAACAAAUCUUUUUAUUAAAAGAGUCCAAACUGCAGCAAGCUUUGGGGCCCCGCCAAGACAACUUCCACUUCUUCGCCCAGCAAAAACGCACCAUUGAAACCCUCCUCGCGGAGGCGGGGGCGGAGGCCUCUCUGUUGGAUUCUUUUUUGCUCAAAACCCUUUCUGCUUUUCAACUUCUCGUGGUUUGUCAAGAACUCACUCAAGAGUGUCGAGGGUUUAGACUGGAACUUUACCAAACCCUCCUCGCCGCAAUCCACAAGGCCCUCCAAGAAGGGGAGUCGCUGGUGCGUUUGGGGCAGCAGCAGCAGCGGCGGCUGUCGAGUCUGAGCGAGCUGCGAGCUGCUGCAGCUUCGCUGCAGCAGCUGCUGCAGCAGCAGCAGCAGCAGCAGCAGCAGCAGCAGCAGCCGCAGGGGCCCGUGUGCCUCACGGAGCAGUGCAGAGAAGAUGCAGCAGCAGCAGCAAAACUGCUGCUGCCAAUUCAGAAGCUGCUGGGGGCCCCCAAAUAUAUUCAAAUAAAAAAAGAAACCCUCGAGAAACCCGCAGCAGAAAUGAAAGCCAAAGUCCCCCUCGAGGCCUUCAGAAAAGCCAGUUCGCUGACGCUGCCGCACCUGCCGAUGGAGCAGUGGCUUUCCGUGCUGCGGAGUCUGCAGCAGGGGCCUUUGCUGCUGCUGCCAAACCCUUUUUUAGGGUUUACGAUUUACUCCUUUCAAGUCACUUGUUUUGAACUCUCCAGAAGCCGCCUCGGAGAAGCCCUCAGAGUGCUGCAGCGCGCAGCAGAACAGCUGGAGCCUGGAGCCGUGGGCGAUAUUGCGCGGUCGGCGGCGGAAAGCCAAAAGAAGCAAGACAAAGCCAUAAGGGACACUUUGAAUAUUUGCUGCCGAGAGGAAAGCUACAAGAAGCACGGGGCCACGUACUUGACGCACGAACUCCUCGCGGGACUCCGCGGAAAAGGCUAUUCUCUCUCCAGAUUCCAAAACUUAAACCUCCUGAUGGACAAUCGCCAAAACUUCGCAAAUUGGAUUCAACAAGCCAUUACUGCCAAAGUCGAAAAAGCAGACAAAACCCUCAGACUCAUGAUUGCUGCAUGCAGCGAAGGCUCUUUUUACACACAAGGAGCAGCAGCCUGCACUCGGAAGCUGUUGCGGGAGUUCCGGCGGCGGCAGCUGCGGCUGGACUUGACGGUGUCUUCGAAGCCGACAGUACUGAGCAGCAAAGACUUGACAUAUUAUGACUGCAUCUCGGAGCUCUUCGCGAGCUGCUUCUACUUUGUCUUUGCGGAGAAGAAAUGA